AUGUGGGUGCAGCCACGUGUUAGGCAGGAAUUUGGGUCGGUAGUAUGCAAACGGUAAUUUAAUGUAUAUCUGUAAGCAAAGAUAAACCAUUGAUAACAAAAAACGAUUCUGAGUGGAGUUUAGUUGAUAGUGUUGCUUUGUUAACAAUAUAUAUGUCAUAUUAUGGUAAACUGAUUAUAACAAUGUGUAUCCGUGACAACAAUAAUUGUUUAAAAUAUAUUAAAAUAAUAUCAAAAAAUAAAUAAAAACGGUUACCAAUGACAACCUUAUUUUUAAUCUUUCAAUAUUUUAUAACUUAAAGAAACUGGUUGUCCUCACUAUCUCGAUUAUUAAUAAGAAUUUCAAAAAAAGACCUCUCUAAACUCUAAAGUGGAUAUCACCUAGAGAAAGUUUCCUUUUGGAAAAGAUGAGCUAUACUUGAUAAUUGGAGUCAGCUUUCUGGUAGAAAAAAUGUUCACAUUAAAAAAAAAAACAUCAUUUUGUAAAACCAAUACCUACAUUUCUCGCUCUGCUCAGAAUCUAAAAUGUAGGUACAGUCAAGUAUUAGCCAUAAUAUUAAUAAUUAUGUUACCUAUAUUAAUUAUUACUCCGAUUACCUAGCAGCAGGCUGUAAUCGUAUUUGCUAAUGAACUAUAGUGAGUAAUUGAUUGUAGGUAUACGUACACUUUUUUCUCUGAACUUUAAAAAAUUAUUAAAAAUUACGAAAUUUGAUUUUACUUGUUAUCUCAGGAGAUACUGCAAUGGGUAUGUAGUCUAUCCGGCUUAGUUUUAUAGUUAUUCGCGUUCAAAUGUGACGUGCUAAUAACGAGCGAGUGACCAUAUUGGGUCUCUAAUUUCACCUAGAUGCUUUUUACUUUUCCUUGUUAAUUACCCGACAUGGUUUUGCACAAAAAAUCGAGAGCUAUUUUCGAUUAAAUUUGUCUGAGUGAGUGCAGUAAAAUAUGGCGCGUUUGAACGUCUGUAACUCUAAAACUAAGCUAGAUAGAUUUAUUCUGACUUCAAUAAAAAAAUUUUUUCAUCUAAAUAUCAAUAAUUUCAAAUAAUAAUAAUAAAAAACAUUACUAUUUUUGACCAUAUUUGGAUUAAUUCCAAAAAUGCUAUUUUUUAAGGUUUAUAUACAAAACCUUUAAAAGUAAGUAUGAUGGGUACGUUUAAAUUUUGCUAAUGGAUUAAGCGUCUAAAACCACACAUUUUGGAAAAAAAAACCUAAAAAUUCGCGUGCUUGCUAAACUAGAAUCGUUCCAGAAGUAAGAACAGUAUGUAUAGAUGAAACCAUCAAAUCGGUUAAAUGGAAUGUUAUAUAUCGCUUAUCAAAACUGUUAUAAACAUCAAAACAAAAUUAAACCAGCACCACAAUCAUGGUUACUAUCGAAAACUACUCCAGCGCUCUUUGAUUUCAGUGUCUUACACUAUUAUUUUUAUUAUCAUUUUUCAGUUAUUUUUAGUCUAGUAACAGUAGCAAUCAUAACGUACACCAAAAUAAGUUUUAUGCAAUUUUUGGAAUUUAUCAGUAAAACAAGAGACUGCUGACUGACAUAUUGAUAAUUAAAUUAAAAUAAAAACAUCUGAAAAAAGACCAGUUUAAGAUGAAAUAAUUAUCUCAUAUUAAAAUUAAAAAUCAGUAAACAAAAAUACCUAUUCACACGGUGAAAGGCAUUUGUUCAAAAACAAGAUUUCGGAAACUCGGCCUGGUUGCAUACAAUUGUACAAAUUAGGUACACACGAAAUAAAAUUGUGGUUUAUUUACGAUUAAUUUCUUCCAUUUUCUUCGUUUGGCUCUAGACAAAGCAAUUUUUUUUUUCUUAGGUCUAUAAGACCAUCUUGCGAUAUAACAAAUCCUUUUCUAUUCUCCUUUAUUCUAUGCUGCCUCCUUCCAAUCCAGGUCUCCAUAAUUUUCUCCUCUGGCAUUUAGGAAAUCAUUUCUGAUUCCAUCCUCCCAACGUAUAGUUUUGCUUACCCAGCGGCCUUUUCCUCCUUGGGUUUUCUUGGAGCAUUCUUUGUAUCAUUGAAUUUUGUUUCCUACACGCGUGGCCUGAUACCUAUUCUAAUUUACCCCGUUUGAUCUCGUUUACAAUAUUUGGUCUAUUGAAUAUCUCAAUCAGUUCUUGGUUGUGCAUUUUUCUCCAUCCUUGAAUAUCUUGAUCAUGUAUAAGUCCAUAUAUUUUGCGUAGCACUUUCCUCUCAAACACACAUAGUCUGUUUCCUCUGUUUUUUGUAACGUACAAACGGAUUUUGGGGCUUUUGUAUAAUUAAUUUUUUUCUUAUCUCGUUUUGGGUUUAAUGUCUUCCACCGAAAAUGGAUUACAAAAUUUGUAUCAUAAAACCAGAAAAAAAAAAAUACGAAUUUAAAAUUAAAUUUUUAAUUCACAUCUUAAACGUUUACAAAGUAGAUAUGAGCUUACUAUAUAUAUAUAUAGUGGAUACAAAUUAUAAUUCAAGUAACGCAAAAAUAACUGAGUGUUUUGUAUAUAUCAUGUUUUGAAUAUUAUAAAAUACCUACCUAACGUAAAAUGCAAACAUUAAAUAUCGUCUUAAAUCAAAAUAACAUAUAACGAAAUUUAUUUCAAAUGCAAACUCUGCUUUUAAGGUCAAAAAAAAAUAUAUAAUAUAAAAUUGUUGGUGAGAGGCUAAAUCGUAGUGUUUGUCUUGGGCCUGACGAAUUUUAAGUACGUACGCUAUCCACAAGUAAUAAUCAAUUCAUUAAUUCAUAACCUACUCAAUAUAUCUAUUUAAUCCGUAAACAUUUAUACAAAUAGAAACUAUGCUUUUUUUUAUAAAUUAAAAAAAUUAUUUAGAUACCUACCUAUCGCAACUCGUAUUCGCCUAAUAGUUUUCAAUCGGCUUAAACAGAUUUCUCCGUACAGUUUACGAGUUGGUAUCUGUACAUACAGUGGAUGUUCUGUCUGCAACACCGUAAUUGUGGGGAAAAUACCUAAAGUAUCACCAAAAAUGUAAAAAUAAAACAAUAAUAACGCGAUUAGUUUCUAUAAAUCUGUCCCGUUUCACUAUACCUAGGUAUCUUAUUAUAGGUAUAGGUAUCUUCGCUACAGUAUUAUCGGUGACGCGAAGGGGUAAUACUAUAUUCGUGUGACCGGUUUGUUUGAAAACACUUAACCAGUUUACGGAAUUGGACCGGCAGUGUCUCCGAUGAAACUGGUCACCGUCGUCGUUGGUGUAGACCAAAGAACUUAAUAGCAGUUCAGUCUGCAGACGCGAUCGUAUCCAAAGUGAAGUACCUAUAAUUUCGUGCGUUAUUUUUUAAUGAUAGGUUCGAAUUCGUUGUUUAGUAUAGUUUAGUUUUUAUUUUGUUUUUUGUCCAUUCAGGUAAAAAUAACGGUUUAUUUUUUGACGUACACACCAUUAGACAACACCAAGGUAAUAUAUAUAUUACAAUAUUAUUAUAGAUUUUGGUAAAAUGGGAUGGAGUAAAUAUCUAACCUGGUUUUUAAAAUUUGUUUUUACCAAUAGUUUAGUAUUUAAUAAAAAAAUGUUUUACAAUUUUUCCCAAAAAUAGAGACUAUUGCACUGUAUUGUGUUUGCUAUACAUUAUAAUAUAUACGGUUGUUGCGGGUAAAUGAUGAUUUUUAACUUUGUACAUCCCUAUAAAUGAAUCCAGGGAGAUUACGGUUUAAGUAUUAAGGAUAUGCUUUUUGGGGGUUUUAACUUUCAACCUCCUCCCUAACUUAUUUUAUGCUCAAAUUUUAUGUUUUUAUAAGAUAUGCCAGAUCUUAAGUACUCUUAUAGACUUAUAGAAAUCAAAGUAACGGGGUUAAAAUUUGUAAAUAUAUAUAAACAUAUAAUAAACUGCUAUUACUUAUAUACGGUAAAUCCGAUAUUAAUGUUAUUGUACAACGAUAAUUCUAGAAAAGUAUUCUCUAUUUGAAUCUGUAUUUAAAAGAAUCCGGGGUCAUUAUUUGAAAAUUAAAAUUAUGUACUCAUUUAAAAUAUAAAUAGUAAGGAUAAAAAAUUUAAAAUAGUUUUAUAAUAAAAGCUUAAACGAUUUCAUAUUGAUUGAAAAAAAAAAAAAAUCAAAAUCAAAUUCACUUAAAAUCCUCCGAAAAAUCUCUGGGUUAUGAUAAACGGAUCACCCGCGGUCCAACGUAUUUUUACUGCAUACAUGCAUACGAGUUUUCGAGCUUAUUUUUUCCUAUAGACAAUAUAUGAGAUCACCCGCUGUAAUAAUAUACAUUUCAACUUUAGAAAAUAUCGAGAAACUCGACAAUAAAAUGCGAACAUUAUGCUAUUAAAACUUCGUGUGAGAGAGUUCAUUCUGCAGAGAUGCAGUUUGUAUGAAAGUUAUACGUGAUAUAUGAAGUAGCCGAGUACCUAUAUAGGUGUUUGGCAUUGUAAAUCAUAAAGCGGAACCGAAGAAAACAAUGUUCAUGGCCAAUAGUAUACAUACAUGUAUAUAGUUAGGCAUAUUGGUGGACGAGUGAAAUAACGAAAGUGGGUAAAGCUUAAGUUACAUAUUAUUAUAGCAGAUUACGGAUAGGUUUUAGAAUAAUAUUGUGUGUAGGUAUAACCGUAUAGUGGAAAUGUCCCUGCAACUAUAGAUACCAUAAUAUAGUCUGUUGGUUUAUUGUUCGAAAUAGUAACUAUAAAUUAGAUAGGUAACUGACCAAAGAAAAACUUAAAAAUACAUUUUUACCAAGUGUAAUAGUAAGUGUUAUAAAUAAUACACAAUUAAAAGCUAAGUAUACAUAUAUAUGUAUACAUAAUAUAUACUAUAUAGUAUAUAGAGUAAUACGAGUACCUAUUAACGUUCUGAAUGAAUUCGAUAGGAAAUAAUGAAAAAUUGUUAAAAAAAAAACUUUAGAAAUAUUGUUGUACAAUUUAUACAAUUAUAUAGAUAACAAUUAUAUUGUGUAUUUCAGUAUAAUGAAGUGGUCGAUUUUGGUACUUUCGAGCAUUUGCAUUGUUUGCUGUGCUUUGGAAAACAGUACUAAGCUCGACGAAGUUCAGUAUAAAAAUCACAAGACAACAUCUAGAAAUGGCACUCAAAAUCUCACGUACAAGCAUCCACGGGCAUACCCGGCGCUAGUUUAUACCGAUCCGUCUGGUAUUAACGAGUUCAUGACGGAACCUCCGAAAACGGUUACAGAAUCGCCGAUGGAUGUUGUACGUGUAUUUAUCACUCCGACGGCAGGUAAACGAAAACAAGACCUGCAGCCCGUGGUCACGACAACUCCAACUACGGUCGGUUCUUCUUCUAUCGUGAAAACUACCACCAAUUGGGUAACGACCAAGAGCGUUAUCGCGUCCAGUUUAAACCAAAAAGAUAAGAAAUCUCUCUUCAUUACGCCUGUAGCUUCGUCUACGAGCAAUGGCAAGAUAAUCUCGGAUUUUCGACCGACGGUUAUCGCCACAGAUGACGAUUUGAAAUACAAUAAGUCGAGAUCGAACGGCACUGCGAAAAUAAAAAAUGCCCCAAAAACACAAAGCCAAGUGCCGUCGAAUUUGAUUUAUGCUACUACUACCAUAACUACCAAGGUAAGUUCAGUCAACGCGUCGAAACCGUUUACGACCGUAUUAGUGCCGAAACAAAUGUUGGACGGAAAUUUGGCUCAACGCGAUUAUGUGCAAGACGAUUCGUUCCGACCAAUCGUACCGCCGGUGUUUUCGUACAGUAAACAGAGUGUUGAUGCCAACAACAUAGAGAACAGAAGAAUGUCCAACGUAGGUCAAACCUCAAUAAUAAGCACGCCGAAGUUGACCGAGAAGCAGUUGUCUGUAAGCUCUUACAAGGUGCAAGAAGAUUACCCGUCGAACGAUGAUUAUUCGGCCGACAUUUACGACAGCAGGAGUUAUAAUCCUACAAAUAACAGACGGGACAGAAUCGAUCAGAUUUAUGUGCCACCCGUCAAUGUCGAAAGAUUAGAAACCGAAAAACCCAUAAGCUAUCAAAUGAAAUACGAACCCCCGAAACAGUUACAAAAAGUACAACAUAAUACUCCAAAACUUGAAAUAAAAUACGGAUUCGCAGUACCGGAAUCGUCCAAGCACGAAAAACAGUAUCUUGCUAACGCCCAACCCAUCACUGAUCAGUUUCGCGAGUUCUACCCGGCUACCGAAGUAUCACCGAUAAAAGACGUGAAAUCACAUCCGCUGUACAACUCGGCGGGGAAAUAUGAAACGAGGCCGUCGGUGCACGAAAUGGCUGGAUUAUCGUUUGAAUUAUCCACGGCUGUACCGCAUAAAGAAUUUCCCAGUUACCUCAAGUACUCUAUCUCCCCCAAGGAAUCGAACGGGCACGGUUUCCGUCACAAGGGAUUUUCUAGCUCUCACGACUGGCCCUCGUCCAAGAAUUACGAAACAGAAUCCGAAACGGAUAAACCGGUUGACGACGUGGACGCAAAAGAUGUAUUGAAAUCGCUUUUGCUGGAUAUGCUCAAAUCAUCUAAACAACAAAGUGAGGUAAAGCCGAGGCCCUCUCCAGGCAUGCAUGAAAUUAUCGACUCAUAUUUUAAAACCAACCGACCCAACGUAGACCUGAGUUUGGACAAUUACAAUAUUGAAACAGGUAAGUCGGCAAUUGGUAAUUUAUAUUUAUAAAUUAACAUAUUUGUUUAACAAAACAAAUAAUACACAUUAGUUUGUUAUUAAUUGUGCAUUGGCCACACGGCUGAUUUGGGGAGUAUUUAUAUCAGUGGCGUAACUAAAAAGAGGCAGUAAAGGGCAACUGUAUUAGGACACUAACAUUAUAUUUAUAAUUUGUAUUUUUAGUAGGUAUGGUAUGUUCAAUGCACACAUAUUAAUAUUAUAAUAUAAUAUAUUAUUGUGUUUGGAAUUUUGAAGCAGGAGAUGUACAGUAAUUUUAAAUCUCUAUGACUUUCAUUGUGAGAAAAAUUAAAUAUAAUAGUUAUAUAUCCUAGAAAAAAGUCUCUAGCUACACCACUGAUUUAUAUGUAUGGUAUGGGGUCGAAUUUUGAUGAACUUGAAAUGGUUUAGAAGUCAUUGUGCAGAGUUGAAUUUAAUUAACGUUUAUAGGUAUAGUUCUAUUUAUGAAAGUUUCACUUUGCAAAUCGUUAGGCGUGUCACGUGUCACGUAAAAGCUCACGUGAUUCAACGAACGGUUCGAUAUCGUCAGCAGCAUAAUAGGCACGUAAGUAUUUGUCUGUUUUCGAACCAGUUUCCGUUUACGCAUUUUUUAUUUUUUUUUUUACAUUUUAUAUGGAAUACGUGUAAUUAUUGCAAUGAUAUUUUAGAUUCUGAACAAAGCGAGAAAUGUAGUUAUUGGUUUUAUUAUGGUGUGUGUGUGUUUGUGUGUGGUUUGUUUGUGUUUGUAAACCACUUUUCUACCAGAAAUCUAAUCAAAACCUCGAUAGGAACUUUCUUAUAGCAUUUUUGAUCUAGUUGGUGCAUUGAGGAUGUAAUUUUUUUAUUUUUCUUGUAGUUUAAUUUUUGUUGAUUUUUGGGUUACUUUGGCAACAAGGAAAAAUACACGAUUAUUAUAUUAUACUCUGUUCAAAACGAUUUUUCAUUGCGUACAGGUAUAAAUUAAAUUACUCUGUAUAUCUUCCCUUCCGACUUCCAAUUAAAAUAGUGACACACCCAUCAGCAAUAUCAGACUUUUCUAUAAUAUACAAGGUGUUCAAAUGUAUUUUUCCGAUGUUAUUAUUUAUUAUAUUAUUCAAUUUUUUUAAAAUUUUGAAUUACGAUUUUGUAUCAAAAAGACAUAUAUUUAGAGAAAAAUUGAUGUUUUAUUUUCAUUUUUUAAUCACAAGAAAAACAAAAGCAUUUUUGUUUGUUCACAUUUAUAAAUGGUAAAAAUAGCCACUCUAUAAUAGAUAUUAUUCUAAGAAUUUUAAUGUAUUGAACAUGCAUAUCUGACAUAUAGUUUCUUUUUUGGAAAAGAUGAACCCGACCACAUUUUACUACGCUAAACAUUUUGUUUGAAUUUUAAAUAAAGUAAAUUUACAACAUUAUUCAUAGGUAUGCAUUGUACUUUUUAUUUAUAUCUAAACAAUUUUUAUGAAAAUAUGAGAUAAUUUGUUAUAACAAUUGUUAUAAAGUACAAAGUACCAAAGUAUGGUCAUUGAUUAAGUACAUCUUAUUUCUUUUAUGUUCUUUUUUUAACGUACAUUGUACAAUCUGUAAUUUAUAUUUACAAAAGGUAACUAUGAUAAUUAAAUGUACAAGUCAUGGUGAUGUGAAUGCGUGCCAGAAAGAGGUCUGGAGGUGCCCCGUGACACUACAUAAAAGAGGAUAGAUGUAUACUAUCUUAAUGAUUAUAAUAUUAUCAGCUUUAUCAGUUUGUUACUGCAGGCCAUACACGAACAGCAGUCAAUUAAAUUGUCAUAGAUAGCUAGCUAAUAGACCUACUUUACGUGCACGUUUAAAUUGAUUUAAUUUUAAUUUGUCUAUCAAAUACUCAACAAUCACCAGUGCAUAAGCAAAUUGUUCCUUUCGAGGCGAUUGUCUCGGUCGCCCCCUCAGCCCAUGCGAUAGUUACACUUCCGAGAAGACGUAUUAUAUCUAAAUUCUUUUUUAUUAUUGUGCUGCGACUGUGAUUCCAUAGCGCUUAAAGUAUACUCCAAUUGUAUUCAUAUUAUAUUAAUAUAUAUGCAAAUUUGAUUAUAAUAUUAUAGUCGGGCACUUUGAUUAUCUUGAUAGAAAACCGGAUUUGUAUUUGCGAAAGUCCAGUGUCCACGGUGGUUGACUCACUGACAUAUCGUAAAUAAUAUUCUAAUAUAACGGUACAAUAAAAAUAUGUAUAGAUGUGUGUCGUUUACCGAGUUUAUGUUUGAUUACGAAUUAUUUUACAGAUAUAGGUAAUAGGUAGUACAUUAAGAUAUUCAGUAUCUAUAGGUGCCAACAUGAUUUCUGUUCACUGCAGCGUGAUUUUGGAGUUUCACGAAGUUUAUACAAAAAUUGCAUGAAGAAUUUGGCGACUUUUUUCCUAAUUGGAAUAACUACAUAUUUUAUCCAAUCGACACAGCAAUAUUAUAGUUGUUUUUUGUAUUCAAAUUAAAUAUUUAGGACAAAAUAUUCAAUAAAAUGAUAUAGGUAUAUAUUAUUAUCACUGUGUAUAAACAGGUUGUAAAUGUUAAACGUACAAUAAUUUAUCUAUUUGUUAAUUUUUUUUUUUUUAAAUUAAUGUAACUGUCUUAUAUAAUAUCAAUCGAAUUCUAAAGUCCGCAGUGCGAAUGCAAUUAAUAUCGUACAUUUCAAGUACCUAACUUACCAUAACUACUAUAAGUACUAUACCUAUAUAUUAUCUACCUACAUCUUUGUAACAGGAAAUCACCGUUCAUUAUUAUAACUGUGUCUACUAUUACGAGCAGACAAGUAUUUAAAUUUUCUCGAUAAUAAAUCAUCGUGUUUAAUUAUUUUUACGACUAGCUUUUCAUGUACCUAUAAUGCUAUACAUAAGUUAAUUAUAUUUAUAAUAUUAUUGUAAUGUCGAUCGAUUUGGCAAAUGAUGGAAGCUGAAUAAUACCUUCGAUCGAGUCUUCGAACUAUGAUUAUCUUUACUCUUUAGGCUAUUAAAAAUACUGUCUUAUAAUAGUUUUAUUUUUUGGAGAAAAAAAAUGCCAGUCUGUUGUGGGUGUUUUGUACAGAUCAAUGUUACUGCUAAAUUCUGCAGAAAGUAGGCUCAUAUUAGUAAGUAGGCCAUUGUUGUGGACGGGAAGUCGUUAAGGUACAAUGUUGGCAGUGUUCCUUUUAAAAACGAAUUCGUUUACGGUCCUCGUUUUUUAUUUAAAAAAAGAAGCUCGUUCCACUUCCUUGUUCCUUUAAGCGUUCCUUUUAUUGGUAUUACAAUAGUGUUUUUUUUCUUCUGAAAACAACUUUUCUACUAGAAAUUUUGCUUCAAUUUUUAACUGUAAGUCUUUUGUUGAAAGGAAAUCUGACUGCUUAGUGAUCUGAGUGGUACUUUAAGAAGGUUAUUUUUUGAUUUUCCUAGGAUUUUUCAUAAUAAAUGGGAAAAAUUGGAAAAAACGGGGAAAUGUAUAUUUUAAAAAUCGUAUAUAUUACAGCCUUUCAAAAUAUGUCAUAUGUCAAUACUCCGCUCAGAAUCGUUUUUCGUUGGCAAUGCUUAAUUGUUGCGUACAGACAUACAUUAAAUUUGCCCUUUAUUUUCUCAAUUUCUCACCUUCAACAGUAGCUCAUUCAAUAUGCGAAUUAUGUCUAUUAUUUAUUUUUUUUUUUUAUGAAUAUGUUAUCUUCCUUAUGUCGUCCAAAAUAAUUUGUUUAUACUAUUAAUUUGAAAAUACUACUCAUUAAUUUGCUUUGGAAAAGUAUACAUAUUUGACAGUAGAGGUUUUCAUGAGUAAUACGUUAGUCACAUUACACUUGUGUAGAUACCACCACACCAUUUUAAACAUUUAUCACCGAGACACUGUUUAUAAUACGGUUAUUUAAGUAUACAUCCGCGUAGUUUAUAUUUUCAUAUUAUGUACAUUGUAUGUUAAUAAAAAUGGAGAAAUUUUACCAUUGUGGUAAUUUAUUAGUAACCAACGAAGUGAUACCAACACAAUAUUAUCACUAAAAUAAUGUGCGUUUCAUUGUUUUUAUUUUUCGUAAUAAGAGGAACGGAAUUUUGUGUUCAUAUUCCUCGUAUAAUAGGAACUAUUACCCGUUUUUCGUUCCUAUAUUUGAAAUGGAAUGCAUUCUAAGCUUCGUUCCUAUAAAAGGAACGUUUUCCUUCUCAAUACUAUUAAGGUAUAGGAUAAAUACAAAGAGAAAAAAAAAGAAUACAUUAACCAUAAUAAUAAUCAAUUAGCGAAUGCGAUUAUAGCCUGCUGCAUAAUUACACAGACACUUUUGUCUGAACAUUAAACAAUUAUUAAAAAUCACGAAUUUAAUGAAAAUAAAAAGUUGAAACUUUUAAACUCUAUGAAAUGGCUCUCUUCAAAUUUGUCGAAAAUAAUAAAAUCGAAAGUAAUUUCUUUUACCAAAACAUACACAUUUAAUUCAAAUAUAAAUAUAUUUUGUUGUCCAAGUAAUAUAUAUAUAUAUAUAUAUAAAAAAAACCAAAACAACAAAAUUUGAUUAUCUUUUUUAUAUCUGAGCGGAUAGUUAGACUAUUUGACGAUAAAUUUAAAUUAAAAAUAUUGCAUUAUAUCAAAUAAAUUUUAAUUAUCCACAGUUUUUCAUUGUAUCUUAAAUUAUUGAACAUUUUGCAUUGAGCAAAUAAAUCCACAUCGUAAAAUUAAAUUUAGUAUGCAAAUUACGUGAUUUCAACGAUUUUCAUUAAAAUUUGAAGUUUAAACGCUUAUAAAAAAAUUAUUACAAAACACUCAAUUUUUUUUUCUUAAUCAUUGUGAAUUAUGAUGAACCUUCUAUUAAAUUUGCUGGGCCAGAACAACUUUAUCCAAAUAAAAUAAACUGAUAUUGUUUACCUAGCCAACCGUUGUGCCACUAUUGACUACCUAUAGGGCUAUAGCUUACAGUUAUAUAUUCAGAAUAAAAAAGACGUCCAACGAUAAUGGGGUAGGGUGCGGCCACUUUUAUAGGUAAUUUAAUGUAUAUCUGUAAGCAAAGAUAAACCAUUGCUAACAAAAAAACGAUUCUGAGCGCAGUUCACUUGAUAGUGAUGUUUUGUUAACAAUUAAUAUAUUGUAAUAUAUAUAUAUAUACAUAUAUAUGUUAUAAUAUGACAAAUUUUGUCUUAUUAUGGUAAAACAAUUAAAUAGGCAUUAUAUAUUUUCUUUAAUAAUAUUUGUUUAAUAUUGUACCGAUUUCCUGUUUUCCCUACGUUUUUUCCAGUUUUCCUAUGUUUUUCCUGGUUUUUUACAUUUGUUGGGAAAAUUCUUAGGAAAAUCAAAAAAUUACCUCCUCAAAUUAUCAUGGAGAUAAAAUUUCCUUUCGUAAAUAAGCUACACUUAAUACAUCGGAGCAAGACUUUUCAAACCCCGGGUUUGAACCCACGACGCCUAGUAUGACAAUAUGUAUUCAUGACCAUUCGAAUACAACAAACGUAUAGUAAAUUUAACAAUAUAAUUAUUUAACAUAACAUAUAAUACCUGCAUAAUACCUGAACUUCAAAAAGAUAUAGUUUCGAACCUUAGUCAGUCUGCUCAAUUCUGACUUAACCAUCCUUCUUAAAUUAUACACAUAUGUAAUUGCAAUACACAUAUGUUCGAAAAACAAAAAUAAAAAAUUAGAUUUGUUCCACAUAAUUUUUUACUUUUUUACAAUUUUCGUCAAAUAAUAGUAACGAAAUUCCUUUAUAAAAACAAAUAGUGCAUUAUACUCAAUUUUUUUUUUACCACAAAGUAAGAUUUAAUGAACCUCCUGUUAAAUUUUCAAGCAUUUCUGUUAAGUCUAACAAUUUACCACAGAGUACUUACCGAAUAAAAAUAUCGUACAAAACUCGCAAAAUUAAAAUGUCUAUAAAUAGUUCAAAAAUGGUUUAAAUUUUUUGAAAACUUCACCACGUCUAGAAAAAGCAAUAUAAAUCUUCUGUUCAAAUUUUAAGUCUAUAGAGUCGAUAAAACUAUUUUUAAUUAAAUUUCAACAAAAAUAUUAUAAUUUUUAUAAAAAGCUUAAAAAUCGUAAAAAGUUUUUGAAAAUUUAAUUAUAUCUAAAAAAGGGAAAUAUAAGUUUUAUUUCAACUUUCAAGUCUCUUCAAAUAUUUUUAAUUGAAUUAUAACAAAUAACAAAAUUGAAAAAUAAUAAAAGCAUUAUUUUCGUAAAUUUUCUUUUUUUCUUUCGUUUUAUCCUGGUUUUUCCCAGAUAUUAUGAAAAUUACUUAAAAAAUCAAAUAAUAACCUUCUAAAAUUACCAUCCGGACAACAUUUCCUUUUAGAAAUGGUGCCGCGCGUCUAUAUCGAGUAAGAUUUCUGGUAGAAUUUUUGUACACAGUAUAUAUAAAAAAAAAACAUUUUAGUAAAACCAAUACAUUCUUCGCUAUACUCGGAAUUAAAAAAAAAAAAAUCCGGAAAUUAGAAUAUUUUUUUAUAACUCAUAAAAUGACAGAAUGUUUUAAAAAUUAUAUCAAGUUUAUAGAAAGUGUAUAAAUGAGCGAUAUACGAUUUUUUUUAUUAUUUAACAAAUUUCUUUUGGUUUAUGAUCACACGUGAAAAUUGUACGUACAAAUUAGAAAAAUUUAAAAACGAUUUAAAAUUAUACAUUUUAAUGAAUGCAGAUAGGUAUAGGUAUUCGUCAUUUCAUAAAUUGAAGUGGGCCAAUUUCAAAUCCCAUCGAUAAUAAAAUCAUUAAAACAUUUAAAGUAGAUUAAUGGUGAUCAUAAAUUUUUGAAUUUCUCGGGCACGCGUACUUACAUUACUAAAGAGAGAAUUCUAUCAUAAAAUUUCGUUUUCUAAUCAAAUAGAAUAUUUUAUUAUUUUAUUAUCCAUUUGCUGACUUCGUUGCAGUUGUCAUGGUUAAUUGGAUUAAAUAAACACUUUAUAGACUCAUUACAUUAUAAUAAAUAAAAUGUUUUUGUAUAAAUUCACGUAUAAAAUAUAUAAUAGUUGAUAAAAUUUCAUACAAACAUAAUAACGUGGUAUUUAGAAAAUGUAAAAGUCUGAUGCAAAAACUCGGGUCUCGUUCAAACAUUUUAUUUGAUAUCCCAAACUCGUAAACAUAUCAUUGCUAUUUUUAGCUAACUCACAAAACAGUAAUGCUCGGAACUUGUUUAUACAGGUGAAAACAAUAACUUAAUAAUAUCCGUUUAAAUGAAAACUCGAUAUUUUGGAAAAUAUGUUAACACCAUAUUAUAAUAUUUGCAAAUUACAAACAUUUUUGGAUUAAUAUUUACAAUAAUAAAUUUAAUAAAUCUCCGAGAAAAAAUGUUCACGAACAAUAAAUAUAGAAAUUAUACAGGCGUACUUAUACCUUUUUAUUUACUUAUAUUAAACACGCAUGUUAUUUCUUUCAUAGUGUAUAUCUAAAAUAAUAAAUACCUAUUAUAUAAUGACUGGAUAAAUCCGAAUUGGGUCCCGGUGGUAUUACAAGGGUAGUCCAAGUAAACACUAGUAUUUCUUAAUAAUAAUUAUACUAGUGGGUCUCAAUGUGUCCCUACAUUUAUGACUUAAAACACGAAUAUACUGAAUUUAUUGUGCCUUAAUUCAAACAAAUUGUUAUUUAAUUCUUGUCCAAAAUAAUCUUUUGCAAGCACAUAACAAUCCAUGCACUAUAAGUACUUUAAUGAUAAUUAUUAAAUGUAAUGAUUUAUAAGAAAAACUGUAUUGAAUAACUCUGAGGUUCUUUACUUAGUUCGGUCCAGUACGCCUUCAUCAGAAAAAAAAAGUGGGGAAAUGUUUAUAAGUCAGUCUCCAUAGAUUAUUCUAAAAUAAAAUGUAAAAAUCAUUCAACCACCCUUCCUUUCCCCCGAGAUACCGAAAUGCUAUUGAUGGGAGUAGGGUGGCACUGUCCCGCACUGUCCCCGUGAAGAAUCAAUGGAAUCAGGGUCGGUCAAAUGGAGGGCGAUGAGGAGGAUAUAUCCUCCAUUACUUCAUUUUUCUUAAAUAGUUUAAAUAAAAUACAGGGUGAUUUUUUAAGCAUGUUUAGUGCUCAUUAUAUUUUUAUGGUUCAAUUCUACAUUAUUUAAAUUCUGAUUUUUGGAAUUUUCAAGCCUAGUGAAAAACGAUAACACUUAGAUUUUUCAUAACACUUCCAAAAAUCAAAUUUUGAAUUUAUGUGUGAUUUAACCAUAAAAAUGAGGAAAAUAUUCUUAAAAAUUCACCAUGUAUAUUAUGUAUAUUAUAUCUUUAUAAUUAUAUAUAUAUAUAAAAAAAAUGAUGUAAAUACCAAUAGUUUUUAAAAAUUAUUCUUAUACUCUCCUUUCUCCACCCCUCACGGCUUAAAUUUAUUCAACCACCAUUUACUGGAAUAACUGUAUAGGUAUUUAUUACAUUCCAAACAAAAUCAACAGAAAGAACAAAUUUUUUUUGUUGUAGUAAGUUAAAGCCUGCAGGUAUCCAUAAUCAUUUAUUUCCAUACUAUUACAUUAAAUGUUAUUGAUAUAUUACAAUGAAAUUUACUUAUUUUGUUUUUCAGACAUGAGUUGCAACUUACGGUCGUCCAAGCACAUUACCGACGGACAGUGCGUGACCAUCAAGCCCGUGAAGGAAGCCGUGUGUGCCGACCGUUGUUUGGUGUAUUCCUCGGCAAGUCCAGUGUCCGGCAAGACGCAGCGGUCGACGGGAGAACAGGUACGCUGAUAGCGAUUUUUUUUUUGUCGAAAGUUUAUACAAAAAUGAUUUUGUUUGAGUCUACAGAGUGUUAUCUUUGAAUUAGAGAGAUAAAAAAGAAAAAUGAAGAAACGAUGAAAUAUCAAAUAAAAACGAAAAAUCUAGAAAAUCUAAAAUGGUUAUAAAUAUACUUCGAAAAUCGACGGAAUGUUUGAACCUCUAUGAUUAAUUAUAACAUUUUUUUCACUUUUUUGACGUUUUUUUCCCAGUUUUUCCUAUUUAUCGAGAAAACUAUAAGGAAAAUUUAAAAAAAAUUACCUCUCCUAUGUAUCAACUUGAUGAAUUUGCUACCAAAAACCACCCCGAAAGUUGACGAUCGGAGGCAGAUUUCUGUUAGAAAAGCUGUUUAUGGAGACAAAAAAAAAAAAAAAAAAUAAAAAAUAAAACCUUCGUAGUAAAACCAAUACAUUCCUCACUAGUUCGCUACGCUUAGAAUCUAAGAAACCAAUUUUCUCCUCAGGUGGAAGCUCUGCACUGCGUCGACGGCGACUCGAAACUUGUACGUGUUCAGCUUAAAUGCCGCGACGGUAAUACACUGAACAACGUCAUAAAGGUAGUGAUCAACUGUCAUUGCAAGUUGCAUCAGAUCCAACCGCAGAUGAGAAGCAACAUCCCAAAGUUCCAAUCAGGACCUAGCCAGGACGUAAUGGACAUUGCUGCCGGAAAUUUCUAA